AUGAAAGAAAUAGUCAAGAAAGAGGUUAUGAAGUUGCUAGAUGCAGGGAUAAUUUAUCCAAUUUCUGACAGCCAAUGGGUGAGUCCAGUCCAAGUUGUCAAGGGAGGGAUGACAGUUGUACCUAAUGAGAAGAAUGAACUCAUCCCAACUAGGACUGUUACUGGCUGGCGCAUAUCAUAUUUGAUGAGAUCAAAAGUUAUUGUGUAUACUGACCAUUCUGCACUUAAAUACUUGUUGUCAAAGCAGGAUGCCAAGCCAAGGUUGCUGAGAUGGAUUUUGCUACCGCAAGAAUUUGAGCUAGAAAUUAAAGAUAAAAAGGGAAAGAAAAAUGGGGUAGCUAAUCACCUAUCCAGACUUCCAUUAGAAAGUCUAACCCCUAACUCUUUGGAAAUUAAUGAAGAAUUUCCAGAUGAAAGGCUUCUUCUAGUAGAAGAGAUGCCUUGGUUUAUUGACAUUGCAAACUUUAAGGCUACUCAAUUCAUCCCAAAGAGGUUCACUUGGCAGCAAAAGAAGAAGUUCUUACAUGACAGCAAAUUCUAUAUGUAG